AUGCGCUGUGACUGCAAAGCCGGCGGCCUGAAGUGCCACAAAUGCUUGACCAGGGGAGGCCGCUGCUCGGAGGAGGAAGUGGAAGUGUGCCGGCCCGGCCAAGACUCCUGCUCCGUGGAGAUCAAGUGGUACACCGGAUUGGAUGCAGACACAGUGAAACAGGGUUGCGGUAGUUCAAACUACUGCCGUCGCUAUCCUGGAGGGUAUAAAGGUUUCUUGUUCCGGAGGAUGCACUGUUGCUCCACAGAUCUCUGCGUACCUGCAGAACAUCAUGCCAGCACUGAAGGGUCAAAAAACGGUGUGGAGUGUCAGAGUUGUAUCGGGAGUGCAGCCGAAUGUGGCCCGAAUGCUCCCUCGCAGCCAUGCUUUGGGACAAUGGACACAUGUGUGCAAAUAUCUCAGCACUUCCUGCCAGGUGAAGGAUUAGAACCCAUCAUCAAGGGGUGUGGAGCCGAUUCCCUUCAUGACUUGCAAGUGGCCUACCAGACCGGGAGCCAUUUUGCUUUCGUUGAUCAAAAAGUCUGCCGUGGCUCCAACUGUAACAAUGGGACUUUCCAAGACAUCCCUGCUGGAGAUCCCAACGGCUUGCAGUGCUAUACCUGCCGGGAUGCAGGGCUAGGGGAGUGUGCCCGGAACAAACUGCAGCCCUUGGACUGUACAGGGGUCAUGGAUCGAUGUGUGCAUGUCAUGAACCGAGAGAACCGAAGUAUAACCAUCCAGAAGGGCUGUGGCACGGAGACCAUGUGCAGCGGUUACUAUUCCCUGCUGACCUGGACAGAAUCCUUUGCAGAAUGUUGCAAGACUUCUUUCUGCAACCGAGCAGGGGGCCCUUCAGCGCCAGAGAGGCUUCUGGGAAUGGUGGCUCUUGCCUUGGCAUUGGCAUUGAUGGCUUGGAAAUAG